GCUAAAAGGCGACACAAUUUCCAGAUGCCAAGUGUUUGACCGGGGUAUGUAUACCCUUUCCCAAACUGCAGUGAUUGUCAUGUGAAUGACCUAGAAUGAGAACCCUAGGCUACACUGUAAAUAUCAAGGCACCAGCCCUGUAGAAAAAUGGAACGGUCUGGGGUUUUUUUUUUUCACUUCGUUGUGCCAAAGACGAGUUUGUCUGACUACCUGCUCUCUCAGUUCUGUCCCCCUCCGCCCUAUUUUUUAUUUUGGGUAUUAAGUAUGUGAUCAACGUCUACAUAGUCAUUAUUUGCCCCACGACUGGCAUGGUCUACACUGGGGCACGAUCAAGUUGUUACCAACAUUGACACUAUCGUUUUUUUUCUUUGCAUGUUUUAUUGUGGUGGAAAAUAGGCUAUGACCUGUUUAUCAUGGGAUCCAUAAUCACUUUACCUUGUGGUGACAGCUAGGACAAAGGGCUAUACUGAGCACGAUGUAGGCUAUAGUGGCAUUCUCAUGUUGAAUUAAUUUUGUUUCAGAGUGAUAAAGACUUUGAUAGUUCACUACCUUCACAGCUCCUCUUUACUGCAUUGGUAAGCUACCUCGACUGUCAUCAGUCGGUCUUGGUAAACUAACUUAGCCUAUGUACUAGCUGUAGGCCUAAUUACAGCAAAGAUUUUCAUGGUCCUAAUUCUCUGAUUAUGCCUGCCCUACAGUGAAAAGACCACCAAUUUUAGCGACAUCAAAGCAGAUAUUUUUCUUAGUUCUACCCAAUAGACCGUCUCGUCAAAGAUCCUGGAUCCACAUUCACUGACAGUUCGAAACUAGAUCUCUCAGACUCCAAGCUUCUCUGACUGGAGAUUUUGUAGCACUGGCCCGACAGCAGCUACUGUGGCUGUGGUGAGACUGGAGCGGAUCUGGCGCACAUCCGCCGCUGCUCAGUGUCAGCUGAGCAUGGGACUUUGGAUGGGAGGGUUGAUUAAAUCAGAGAGAUGUAAAUAUAAGGAGACAGUCGUGAGACAGAGAUCGAUGGACUACCAUGAAGUACAUUGUGUGUGGUUAAAAUAAAAUCAACCAGACUGUUUCUGGAAGAAGAAAAAGGACGAAAUAGCCGCUCGAGAGCUGUCAGGCUCAUCGUAGGGGGCUAAGCUUUCAUUUUCACGGGUAACUGCAGCACGCUUCUGUGUCUGCACAUUGUCCUUUCCAUAACAUUUCGAAAUGGACUGCGAUGAGUACCCAGAAGAAAACUUGCAGAAGAGGGUCCACAUCGUUGGAUCCGAACUCGUCGACAACUAUACCGUUUACAUCAUUGAGGUGAGCGUAGGAGAUCACAAAUGGACAGUAAAACAUCGCUACAGUGACUUUCACGAUUUACAUGAAAAGCUCACUGCUGAGAAGAAGGUGGACAAGCACCUCUUGCCGCCGAAGAAGAUGAUAGGCAAGAACUCCAAGAGCCUGGUGGAGAAGCGCCAGAAGGAGCUGGAGGUGUACCUGCAGACGCUGCUGUCACGCUGCUUCCCCACGGCCGCACCCAAAGGCCUCUCCAGCUUCCUGCACUUCCACUCUUAUGAAAUAAAUGGCAUCGCAGCAGCCCUGGCUGAGGAGCUCUAUCAUAGAGGUGAGCAGCUGCUGGUGGCGGGCGAGGUGUUUGUGCUGCGGCCGCUGCAGCUGUAUGCCGUCACACAGCAGCUGAGGCUGGCCAAGCCCACCUGCGCCAGCGGGGACGCCAAAGCAGACCUGGGACACAUACUGGACUUCACCUGCCGCCUACGAUACCUCAAGAUUCCUGGGAAAAAGGGAGUGGUGGGCACGAGCAACAUUCAGGAAGACAGCCUGCCCUUUGACCUCUCCGUCUUCAAAUCUCUACUCCAGAUAGAGAUCGAUGACUGUGAUUCAUCCAAAAUCACUGGGCUGCCAUCAUUGAGACCCUCAUUGGCAACUCUGAGUGUGCAUCGCUCUACAUCAACAAUGAAGGAUGUAAUAGUUCCGGAAGCGUCCGAGUUUGCUCAGUGGGUGCCUGAAGGAGUGGACACAGACUGCCCUGUCACAGCCAUCAUCCCCGUCUGGAAGUCCCUGACGACGCUAGACUUUAGCAAUAACCAACUCAUGUGCAUUGAUGAGUCUGUGAAAUUAAUCCCACAAGUGGAGUUCUUAGACCUUAGUCACAAUCAACUACCCAAUGUGGAGAAUCUUCAGCACCUGUACAACCUCAUUCAUCUGGACUUGUCCUACAACAACCUGACGGUUCUGGAGGGGGUUCACACCAAGCUCGGCAACAUUAAAACCCUCAACCUGGCUGGAAACCAGAUCAAAUCACUCUCAGGGCUCAACAAACUAUACUCACUCGUCAACCUGGACUUAAGUAGCAACUGUCUAGCACAGAUUGAGGAGAUUAAGCCCAUCGGCCUCCUCCCAUGCCUGGAGAAGCUCUCCCUGGCCAACAACCCCAUGUGCAUCAUUCCAGAUUACAGGACCAAAGUCCUGGCCCAGUUCUGGGACAGAGCCUCAGAGGUUUGUCUGGAUCACACGGUAACCACAGAGAAGGAAUUGGACACAGUGGAGGUCCUGAAAGCCAUUCAGAAAGCCAAAGAAGCAAAAGACAGGAUGGCCAACAAUGAUAAGAAGAUCAGUGAGGACUCCAGGCAGGCAGACAGUGGUGGUGGAGGAGUGCCGCCCACCCCACCUAUGUUGUCGCACCACCUCCCUCGCUCUUCAGGGUCUCCCUGCUCUUCCUCCUUCUCCUCCUCCUCCUCCUCUAAUCUCGCUGCUCCCCCUGCGCCUCCUGCGUCUACGUCUGCGUCUGCAUCUGCGUCUCCUCCCACGCUCACUGCCCACUCCGCCAGCUGCAGCCAAGAAGUAGUUUUAAGAGAUGACGCCAUUGCCAACAAAAAACAUUUGACUCUCGUGGAUUCUGACCUUUCCCCAAAAUGCUGGAACACAAACACCACCUCCUGUGAGAAAAUACCCCAGGUUACAACCCAAGAACAUGACUCAUGUCUUCCCUGUGAAGUGCCCUCUGAAGAGGAUCUCAAGUGCAAUACUAGUAGUUGUUCCUGCUGCACGGAGAGUGUGAGGCUGAGUACGGAUGGGCAUCAGACGCACGUCCUGCCCUGCUGGCUCCUAUCCUACUCCCCCGCCAGCAGCCCAGAGUUCGCCCACAAGCUCUCCGCGCUCGUCACCAAAGUCGCCCAGGAAGCCAGCCAGGGGGGCUGGGGUCUCCACGGCGACGCCCUAGCGAUGACCUCUGACCUCGGCGAGCAGGAAGCCGGACAGACGACGGCGACCGGCGCCGGGGAGGACGGAUACUUCGAGAUGGGGCCCGACUCCAACUGCAGCACUGAGGAGGACGGUGGUGGCUCUGCUCUCCCCUGCUCCUCCUCCCCCACCUCCUCCUCCCCUGCUUCUCCUCCAGAUCCUCCACAUGCUGAAGGCCAGGCCACUGAAGAGCUGGAGAAGGAAAAGGAGGAGGAGGAGGAGGCGGAGGAGGAGGUGGUGGAGAAGGAUAUAGAGGAGGCGGACCAGGACAUUAUUAAAAUGCUGUGGGCGUACUGCGUCCGCGUGCAGGGGAAGGGCGGCUCUGGGGGCGGAGUCAGCCAUCUCACCUGCUGCCUGGCCCUCACCAAGCGUCUCCUGGUGGUGUUCCGGCUCCGUGGCAACGAGCAACCGGCCGGUGUGGAGGAGCUGCUGGAGGGCCUACAGGUGGAGCUGGUGGCCCCCUACGCCCAGGUAGAGGCGCUGUGGUUCUGUGUGCCGGACACCUGCCUCUCCCUCAGACUGGCCUCUGGCUCUGGCUCCGGAUCCGGCUCUGGCUCCGAUGCUACCCGCUGGCACUUCUUUGCGGACAGCGCUGGCCUGAAGGAAGUGCAUGCUGCGGUGGGCACGCUGUUGGUAAAGGGGGUAGCCCAGCUGGAGCAGCAGGCGCCCACCAGGCCCCUCUCCAUCACACAGCUGCUAUGGCAACACCUGCACUCCUGGGAGUGGGAGGAGAGCGACGGGGCCGUCAAGGUCGGCCACGCUGCUCACCUCCUGGACCCCCACGGCCCCGUCAGCCAUCCGCAGCCCCACGCAGACAUCCUCUCGCACUGGUGCACUUCCACCCCCACACCAACAGGGGGCUCCACUGGUACAACCACCCCUGAUCCCAACACCAACACCACUGAUGGUAGCAGCAGUGAGGAGGAGCGACUGUCCUCUGUGCCCUGCAUCCUCUUCCUCACUCCGCGCCACCUCUGUGUACUCAAGGUGGACUUCCAGUCCCUGGUGGAGCACGACGGUCCGGAGGGGCAGGGGACGCGAUGCUGCUCACGCCUGACCCGAAUCCCCUUGUCAGCGGUUCUGUUGAGCCCCAAGCAGGACUACUGCCCCAGUCACAAUGGACCACCACCGGCACCGGUAUCUGCAUCCGCGUUGGGGUCGUUAUUGGUUCCAGGCGUGGCUGCGGUGACAACAUCGACAUCGACAUCGUCACCGCAUGUGCGUCUCCACGAUGGCCACAUGGUGGCGCUGAUGGCCGGCUCGCAGCAGCUGACGGCCGUCUUCAUCCUGCCCCACGACAAGUUCCUCUUCCUGCGCACCUUCAGCCAGUACCGCGCCGGCCUCAGGGACAUCAAGACGGUGGCGUUCCUGCACAGCAAGGCCACGCAGCAGCACGGACACGGACACGGACACAGCAGGGACACAGCGCGGCGCGGCUCGUCACCGCGACCAGCUGCUGAAGCACCGCGCAGAGCUCACAAGAGCAGUAAGAAGCCGUUGUUGGCUCUCUCGGUGCACUAUCCAUCAGAGACCCUGCUGCAGAAGCUCUCGGAGGAGAACCAGAGCCCCACGCACCUCACCCUUUCCCCCUCCCUCCUCUACAUCUCACACCUCCAGGCCGACGAGCUGGUCGACUUCUUCCACAACAGCAUUGCGGAGGUGGAGAAUGAGGAGUUGAAGCACAUCCUGUGGUCCUCAGUGCUGUUCUACAAGUCCCCAGAGGUGGAGAUGGCGGCCUGUGUCAUGCUCUCUACCAAAGCCCUCUACUUCAUACUGGACGACACCGCCUCCACACUCAGCGACCAAGCAUAUAUCUGGAGCUGGCAGCCAUCUCAGAUAGCAGAGACCGACUUCAUCAUCUCCUACUGUUUUGCUUUUAAGCUGUGUGACCUGCACAGUGUCAACGUGGGCCUGUUUGACCAGUACUUCAGAGUGGUUGGCCAGUCUGCAGACCACAUCAUCAGCUGUCUGAGUAGGGACAGCUACGGCACCCAUCGCUUCCUGCAGCAGCUGAUGACCGUGCUGUCCCUGCUGGAGAAGGUGCCCUCCCCAGAGCCCGCGGACUCCGACUUCUACGCCCAGUUUGGAAACAAAACCACAGGUAAAAUGGAGAACUACGAGCUGGUGCACUCCAGCAAGGUGAAGUUCGUGUACCCGAGCGAGGAGGAGAUCGGAGACCUGACCUUCGUGGUGGCCGAGCGGAAGGCCGGACGCCAGGGUUCGCCCCCGCGCUCCUUCCACAUCCUGCUCUACCUGCUGGUGUUUGAAGUACAGCUCCAGAGCCCCCUGGGACCUGGGUCGGGAUCUGGGUCAGGGUCGGGAUCCGCUCCAGACUCCUCCUCCUCCUCGGCGUCGCCGCAGCCGGUCCUGGUGCCCAAGACGCUGAUCCUGACGGCCACCGACGUCUUCCUGCUGGACGAGGACCACAUCAGCUACCCGCUGCCGCACUUCGCCAAGGAGCCGCCGCAACGAGAGCGCUACCGCCUGGCCGACGCACGCCGCAUCCGCGACCUGGACCGCGUGCUCAUGGGAUACCAGACAUACCCGCAGGCGGUCACGCUGGUGUUCGACGACGUGCCCGCGGGGCCCGACCUGCUUUGCCACCUCACCAUGGACCACUUCUCCGACCGGACGCCCGACGCCGAGGGCAGCUGCGGCAGUAGCAGUGGCAGCGGCGGCAGCAGCAGCAGGGCACAGACCAUGAUGCCCACCGCCACCUCAGCCAACAGCGCCACAGCGGGCCCCAACGACGGGGAGGUGCAGUGGUGCGUGUUCGUGCCGGCGGCUGACGGCAGGGAGAGGCUCAUCUCGCUACUGGCUCGGCAGUGGGAGGUGCUGUGUAGCAGGGAGCUUCCUGUUGAACUCACCGGCUGAAGAACUGGAGCGAGCGAUGCACUUCCCAACAACCAUAGUUGGCUGGUUGCCACCUCGUUGGUAGCACUUUAGAAUAAUGGUCUCGAAUAACUUAAUCAGCAUUUAAUAAUGAAGUUAUUAUAAACAAAACGUUUAAAAAAUUGCUUAAAAAGCAGCGGCUGCACAGCAGAGUGGGCGUUGGCUCCUUCUGGAUGAGUUUUACUGCAUGUGUCCUGGCCUGCCAGACACUUCCGCUUUCAUACUAUUUCAUACUCAUUUACAAACAUUUUCAAUUGUUUUGUUGAUAAUCAAUUCAUUAUUUAUUCAUAAAGGGUUUAUAAAGACUUUUAAGGGAUGGUUAUUCUAAAGUGUUAUAAUAGUGGCUCUGCAGUGGGAUGAGCUGCCUGUGAAGCUCACCGGCUGAACUGGAGUGAUGCUUUUACCAACAUGCGUUUCGUUAACAUACGUUAAAAAAUACACAUUAACACAUGUUAGCGUCGCGUGACCCAAGUAUCUCCUCCAAGGACAAUGCUUGUAUUGUGUGUUAUGUCAAAAAUUCAGGGGCUGUGUUCUUGCUAGACGUUGAGGAAUUAUGGCACUGAAGCGUAGGGAUGUGCAAGGUUGCAGCAUGCGUGUGCAUCCGGAUGCGUAAACCCCCUUAUCAACUUUGUUGGUUGGUAAAGGGUAAUUUCAUCUCAACCAACAAAGUAGCAAACGUAGAUUGCAACUAUAGUUUUGGGAAACCACGCAUCUGAGUUCGUUGAAGGGCAUUUUGGAAACAUUUAGGAAAUCACCGUGCACUGUUUGGCCUGAGUGUGUGCUGGCUGUGAACACAUGCGGAAGUGCUUUCGUUGACUGAUAUGCAGUGCUUUUUAUGCAGUUGAGGGCUUCCCCUGGAACAGACUGGCAGACAAUGAACUUUGUUGUAGGGCAUUAGGGAAACACAGUGCAGACUGGGCUUGACUGCGUUGCACCCCAUGCAGUUCCAGAGACAGAUCUGCGGGGUACAUUUUGUGAAGGAUAAGAAACUACCAUGAACAGGACUGACACACGUGUGGCUAUUGAUCAAGGUUGAUCCGGAUAAGUUUGACAAUUUCAUAUAUUGCAGCGGAAUUGUCAAUAUCGCCACCAACAAACCAAGUUGCUAACUGGCUAGUAACUGUGGUGUGGUGGUGAAAUCCAGCUCUGCAGCAGUGAAAGCCCAGUUGGGAAACUUCAACUAAGGGCAGUCAUGGGUAAGCGGUUAGGGUGUCAGACCUGUAGCUCAAAGGUUGCCGGUUUGACUCCCGACCCACCAGGUUGGUGGGGGGAGUAAUUAACCAGUGCUCUCCCCCAUCCUCCUCCAUGACUGAGGUACCCUGUGAUGUAGGCUACAUUUUGUGCAUUUUCCUUCAUUCCAUUGUUGUGUUUGGUCUGUAGCCAUGGGAAUUUGGGAAUAUCCUGGUGGGAAUCUAAAUUUAUUUAAGUCUCUUCAUUAUCAUACUAUGUUAGUCUCCAUCCAACCACUUCCUUAUUCUCACCUAUUUCAUGUGCAUUAUAAAAUAUCAUCUUCUUUUUUCGGAGUCCACUCGAGUCAAAUAUUUUUUGUUGCAUUGUUGUAUUUUUGUUUGUUUGUUUGUAUGUUCUUGUAAAGGAAAUCAGCAAUAUAUAAGUAAUGUAUAGCAAUGAUACUGACUGUGUGUGUUUGGCGUGCAUGAGCAAGAGUGAGAGAUUUCUAUCAAACAAGUAUUCUCAUUUUACUUCAAAAUAAUUGCAAUGAAGCAAUGUUUUUUGACGUUCAGAAUAUGUGUUGUGUAUAAGUUAUACUUAUGUAUUUUCCUGAUAAAGUACAAAGCGUGUCUUUUUU